CAUCCUAAGGGGGUGGUCACGUCUCCCCUGUGUGGCUGAGCACCAUUUUCCCAUCCCUGAUAUCCCCAUACAUGGGGAUAAUAGGAUGACUGCCUUCCUAGUUCCUUGUUCACUCUGAAACCUAAUGAUGGCAAUGGGAAAAAAGGUUUUUUAUAGCCAAAAUCACCCGCACCCCUGUGCUAUUUGCAGAAUUCAAAGGAGGCACCACCCCAAAAGAGCAAAGGGAUCACAUGGAAAGCAAAGGGAGGACCACCUGAAAACCUAAAGGGUGCAACACAACAAAAAAUAAAGGGAUCAUCCAAACCACAAAGGGGGAACCACCCCAAAACCCAAAGGGAUCGCCCAAAACAUGAAGGGUAAACCACCCCAAAACCCAGAGGGAUCACCCAAAACAUUAAGGAGGCACCAUCCCAAAAAUUUAAGGAAUCACCCAAAAACCAAAGGAAAUACCACGCCAGAACCUAUAGGGGACAGCACUUCAAAACCCAAAGGAAUCACCCCAAAAUAAAUGAGAGAUCCACCCAAAAACCCAAAGGGAUUGCCCCAAAAUCAGAGGGGGAACUACCCCAAAAACCAAAGGGAUUAUCCAAAACCCAAAGAAAGUAACACUCCAAAACCCAAAGAGACCAACCAAAACCCAAAGGAGGCACCACCCCAAAACCCAAAGGAGGAACCACCCCCAAAAAUAAAGAGAUUGUUCAAAAAGCACUGGGAGAACCACCAAACACCCAAAGGAGUUGCCCAAAACCCAAAUGGAGGCACAACCCCAAAACCUAAAGCAAUAGCUCAAAACCCAAAGGGCCUAAUACCCCAACAACAAAAUGGAUCACUCCAAACCCAUAAGGAUUGCCCCAAACUCAGUGGAUUCCACCCCAAAACCCCAAAAGAAUUGCUCCAAGCCCAAAGAGAGUAACACCUCAACACCCAAAGGGACUGCCCAAAAGCCAAAGGGAUCAAGCAAAACCCAAAAGGAGCAAUACCCCAAAAAACAAAGGAAUUGCCCCAAAAUCAAAGGGAGAACCAUAUGAAAAAAGAAACAGAAGGAUCACUCCAAACCCAAAGGGGGCAGCACCCUCAAAAUCAAAGGGGGAACUACUACAAAACCCAAAGGGAUCUCCCGAAACCCAAAAGGGGCAGCAUCCCAAGACCCAAAGGGAUCUCCCCAAAAUCAAAGAGAGAAUCACCACAAAACCCCAAAGGGGGCUGUAUCCCAAAACCUGAAGGGUUCUCCCCAAAAUCAAAGGGGGCAGCACCCAAAAACCCAGAGAUCUCCCAAAAAUCAAAGGGAGAAUCACUCCAAAACCCAAAGGGAGUUCCCCAAAAUCAAUGGGAGAAUCACCCCCAAACUCAGAGGGAUCUCCCCAAAAUGAAAGGGGGGAUCACACCAAAACCCAAAGGGAUCUCCCCAGAAUCAAAGGGGGAAUCACCACAAAACCCAAAGGGAUCUCCCCAAAAUGAAAGGGGGCAGCACCCCAAAAACCCAAAGAGAUCUCCCAAAAAUCAAAGGGGGCAGCACCCCAAAAGCCAAAGGGAUCUCCCCAAAAUCAAAGGGACAACCACUACAAAACCCAAAGGGAUCUCCCGAAACCCAAAAGGGACAGCACCCCAAAACCCAAAGGGAUCUCCCCAAAAUCAAAGGGAGAACCACCCCAAAAACCAAAGGGAGUUCCCCAAAAUCAAUGGGAGAAUCACCCCCAAACUCAAAGGGUUCUCCCCAAAAUGAAAGGGGGCAGCACCCCAAAACCCAGAGAUCUCCCCAAAAUCAAAGGGAGAACCACCCAAAACCCAAAGGGAUCUCCCCAAAAUCAUUAUCAGCAGGGAGCACCGCUGGGGCUGCUCUUUGGGCUCUGCACUCUGCAGGGGCUGCUCUUUCUCCCCGUAGCGGAGCAGCUCAUCUCCCGCCGGCAGCAGCAGCUCAGCAGCAUCCCUCCGUGUGCGCCGAUGCGUUCUCCCUCCUCUCCACGCUUUGGGCUGCGCGCGGCGGCUGCCUGCACGCCCGGGGAGGUGGAGCAGAGCUCCGUUCUGCAGCAGCAGCAUCAUUGCAUCCUCACCCAGAGCAUCCCGCUGGGGACCGGCCCUUGGGAACGGGAUACGGGGACAGACCCUCGGGUCGGGAUCUGGAUACGGCAGCGAGGUGAUGCUGCCCUGGCGCCGCAGCAAGUUCGUGCUGGUGGAAAACGAACGUAAGUGCAAAGGGAAAAGCUUGGGGCCAGGGUUGGGCUAUGCCUCGUUGCUGGCCGGCUUCCUGCGCUCCUGCCCCGAUUUGUUGCCCGAAUGCCCCUUGGAGAGGUUGGGUUCCGUGUUUGGAGGCCGUCGGCAGAAAGUGGAGCUGAAUAAGGAGGAUCCCACCUACACCGUGCGCUACCUGGGUAAUGCAGUCACACUGCACGCCAAAGGAGAGGGAUGCACCGAGGAGGCGGUGGGGAAAAUAUGGGCCAAAAGCGACGCGGGCGCCGGUGGGGCCAAGAUGAAGCUGACCUUAGGGCCGCACGGCAUCCGCAUGGCACCAGGUGAGAAGGGUGCCCGGAGGUCGGGCCACGCAUACCUGCUGCACCGCAUCACCUAUUGCACAGCCGACCGCCGGCAUCCGAAGGUUUUUGCCUGGGUUUACCGGCACCAGGUGAAGAACAAAGCCGUGGUGCUGCGUUGUCACGCCGUCCUCGUCCCCAAAGCCGCCACCGCGCGUGCCAUGGCCCUGCUCCUCUUCCAGACCUCCGCUUCAGCCUUUGAUGAAUUCAAGAGGCUCAAAAGGCAGAACGACGGCCGUCGCCUCCAGCAGCAGCUCCUGGGUGAAGCCAUCGUCCCCUUGAUGCCCCUGCGCAGGCUGCUCAAUGCCAAGUGUCCCUAUCGCCCGCCAGCCGAGCGCGCCCGCUGCGCCCCACGGCUCAGCUCCAUUCUGGAGGAGGACGAGGAGGAGACAGGGGGCACGUGGGGGGACGGGGGUCCCACCGUGGUCUCUUUGGCCAGUGAGAUGCGGGGGUGCAGCUUGCGUGGCCCAAGGGCCCCCAUAUGCUGAGCAUCCCCAUUGGCGUCCACUGCUUUGGCCACACCGGGUGCCCUCGGGACACAGCUGGACAAUAGGGCUACGUCCCUAGCUCUCAAGGGGGGGGACACCUGGAUCCCCCCAUCCCUCUCCUGGAAAUAAACCCAAUCUGUGUUUUCUGCCUGUGACAGCGCCUGUCUCUCACCAGCCUGGAAGACUCGCGAUGGUUUGUUGCUUUUCUAUUUUGUAUUUACCCAUUUUUUUUUUACUCUUCUCAGGGUAAAAUUUCCACCCUGGGGGGGGAUGGAGAGAAGAGGGGGGGGUGCUGCACCUUCCAUGCCAUUCCACGUCAAGUGAUGCUCAUAUUGCCAUGGCAACGUGGGGGUUUAAAUAGAGCAGGCCUACGCUUUGGGGGGGGCCUGCAGUGGGGACCCCAGGCCUGAAGCUGGGGGGCAAAGGCAGCCCAGAGAACCUAAAUCCCCGGAAUUUUACCCAAAAUGGUUUAUUUUCACCCAGUUCCUGCUCUCCCUGCCCUGACAGGAGCAGCAAUGCGGGGGAACAGUGGAAGGAGCUGAAUAAAUGGGGCAGUGGGAGGGGGAACAAGGGGCACCGCUGCCCCACAGCCUGAGGAAGGGGAUGCAUCACUGGGAAGGGGUUUGGGUGAGCUCUCCCCACAUACAACAGCCAGGGAGAGGACGGGCUGUGGUCCUGAUUCCCUCUCUGAACUUUGGGGGCUGGCAUCUGGUUCCCCCCACACAGGGCUCUAUGGGGCUGGGGAUUGAGAUAACUGCCCCCCAGAAGCACUAUGGGGUCAAGAUUUGGGCUAACACUCCUAAAAAUAAACCUGUGGAGCUUAGAUAUAACCUGCAUCCUGCAGAAUCCUGGGGUGAAAGACUGGGAUUUGGGCUAAACAUAUCCUGAAAGCUCUAUAAGGCUGAGAUAUAGGCUAAUCCCUCCCAAAAGGUGCCAUAGGGCUGGAAUUUAGCUUGUUCACUUCCAAAAUCCUGGGGGUGAGAGUACAGUAUUUAGGCUAAACCCACCCCAAAGGGUUGGGGCUGGAAUAUGGGCUAUCCUGCCCAAAAAUCCUGUGAUAAAAGGCUGGGAUUUGAGUUAAACACACACCAAAGGCCAAGUGGGGCUGGGAUUUGCGCUAAUCUGACCCCCCAAAAAGCCCUGUGAGGCUGAGAUUCGAACUAUUUCCCCCAAAUAAAGCGCAGCAGGGCUGGGAUUUGGACUAACACCUCCUCAAAGCAUCACAGGGCCAGGAUUUAGCCUCUCACCUUCCAAAAUCCUGCUGGUUGAACGCCGGGAUUUGGAUUAAACCCACCCCAGAGACCCUGUAAGGUUUGGCCAAACCUUCCCAAGGCGCUGCGGGGCUGCAGUGGGGCUCUAUCAGCCCUCCACCCCAUCUGGAAACCCUCCAUCCAUUUCUCGGAGGACCGCGCACUCUAU